AUGGAGAUGAACAAGGUCGUGUUGUUCUUGUGUGUUGUUUUUCAUUAUUGUGUGACGAGUAUCAUCAGGGCUGCACCCUCCACCAGGUACCACUGUGGUGGAUUAUGUAGGUGCGAGGCGGCCAGCAGAUCUGCCCUGUGUGAUGGACACGGGGAGAACACCCUCCGACAUGGUGUUCCUCGGCUGCCUUCGUUCAUACAAAACCUGACUCUCAAAAGUUUCAACAUUCAAAUCAUAACAAAAGAAACAUUUGUUCGCGUAAAAACGUUAAACCUGACUGUACUGAAAAUCACCAACUCUACAAUAGUCGACAUAGAGGAGGACGCGUUUUCCGUGUUUAGUCACUGUAGAAACCUCAGUCUGGUCAUUGGCCAUAACGUCAUAGCAGAGACGGUAACAUCCAAAGCUUUGAAAGGACUUCGAGCUCUUUCGUUGGAUUAUCUGGAUUUGCGUCAUUUGAAUAUCAGUGAUACAGACGAUACGUUUUUCGAUACGCUGAGUGGAACGUCCGUGCGACACAUAUGUGUUUCGAAGAAUUAUCUCACCAAAUACAACCACAGUAAGUUCGUAAACGUUUCUAAUCUCUUUUACCUGGACUUGUCUGGAAAUGAUAUUAACGUAACGAUGCUGACUUAUUCUUACGUUUUGAGAACGCUACAGCUGAGUUACAAUCGAAUUACUCAGUUUCCCAUUCUGUGUCAAGGGAAUCAAUCAAUUUUUCCUAAUUUAGAUCGCCUAAUGUUGGAUCAUAACUAUAUCCAGAACAUUCAGUCAAAGCAAUUCAACUGCUUAACAAAGUUACGACAGUUUGAUCUUAGCAGAAAUUACUUCGCAACAAUUGGAACAAAUAUGUUCGCUUAUUUGCCGAACUUGGAGUCUUUGCGACUAAGGAAUAUGUUCUAUGGCAUAGUUUUAGUACACAGGUACGCUUUCAACAACAGCCACCUGAAGGAGCUCAUCCUCAGAGAUAACCGCAUCGAGAUCCUUCACUCUCUGGACAAGGACAGCUUUUCAGGGUGUCACCGCCUGGAAGGGCUCGAUUUGUCCUACAACCAAGUCACCAAGCUUCCGAAGAGAGACAAGUUCAUGGAGAGACUUAUAGGACACCUCCACAGUCUGCGCUUUCUUUCGCUGGGCAGUUCGAAUCUGUUUGAAAUCCCAAGGAUCGUGAUGAACCUCACCAAUUUAGAAGUCCUAGAGCUCUACACGAAUUACAUAUCCAAGCUACCGGAUGGGUUUUUCAGUCGCAUGCCCAAACUGAAGAUGAUGUAUAUUUCCACCAAUUCCUUUUCCACGCUCAAGGAGUCAGACUUCCCUUCGAAUCUAUAUGAUCGUGUCGAGCUAAUCGACUUUAGUGGCAAUCCCUUUGUUUGCGACUGUAAUCUGCUUUGGUUUGUCGAAUGGCUCAGAAGGGAGCCUGCAAGAUUUGGCCAUAUUGACAAAUAUACGUGUACAAACUCGGAUGGAUCCACGGAAAGUAAAUUGUUAACAGACGCGAAUAUUUCUCUUAAGGCCUGUCUGGUCUCUGUUGAAACAGCGAUGUCCAUCGUUAUCUUGUCAAUAUUUGUUAUAAUCCUUCUGAUGACGUCAUCGCUCGUUUACAAAUGGCGCUGGAUGAUAAAAUAUUACAUCUACAUGUUGCGGUACAAAAAUAGUUCCAGCGAUCAAACUGAUCAUGACUACAUGUUUGAUGCCUAUGUUAUAUACUGCGCGGAAAACAGAAAAUGGGUUUUGGAAGAAGCUAUUCCAAAUCUUGAAAGGUCUGGCGUAUGUCUCUGCAUUCACGAGCGCGACUUCAUGCCGGGGGCCCUGAUCGUGAAUAACAUCGUGGACAGUUUGAGACGGAGCAGGACGGUGAUGCUGGUGCUGUCUAACGAUUUCGCCAAAAGUCAUUGGUGCCAGUUCGAGAUGUGUCUGUGUCAGACGUACCUCUUGGAGAACGGGCGCGGUCUGCUCCUCGCCGUGCUACUGGAGGAGAUCAAAUCGUGCCACGUCACCAAGUCCAUGUACGCCGUGUUGAAAACCACCACCUACUGCACGUGGCCAGGGGAAGACGAGGAAGCGAAAAGUUUGUUUUGGGAGAGGAUGCGAAAGUCUCUCGUUUCUACAUCAAGAUAGGGUUUUUUAAUGACACCACUAGAGCAGACUGAAUGGAAGGAAGGAAGGAAAUGUUUUAUUUAACGACGCACUCAGCACAUUUUUAUUUA